UUUCUGGAGGAGCUGAGGGAGUACUCGAUGAAGCUGCACACCAAGGCGCAGGCGCCCAAGGAGGGCAAGGCAGCAGAGCCCAAAGAUCAGAAGCCGGUGGGUGGGUGGUUUGCGCCCACGCGCCCCGGCUUUCUGCACUUCAUGGGUGAGUCCAAGGUGGUGUACGAGGCGUUUGAGGAGAUCCUCGACCAGGCCGCCGUCCCCUACUACAAGCAGCUGACCAACACUGGCCUGGAGCGGUCGGAGCCUCUGGCCAAGGACAUUGCGUACAUGCAGCAGCAGUGGGGCAUGGAGGCGCCGGUGGCUGCGGAGGACGGCCCCGGCCACACCUAUGCCAAGCUGCUGCGCGAACUGGCGGUCAGCAGCCCGCCCGCCUUCCUGUGCCACUACUACAACCACUACUUUGCCCACACAGCCGGCGGCCGCAUGAUUGGCAAGAGCGUGAGCAACGCAGUGCUGGACGGCUGGACCGGCGCGUUCUAUCAGUGGGAGGGCGAUGUCAAGGAGCGCCUGGAUGCCGUGCGUGCCACCAUCAAUGGUAUUGCGGCAGAGUGGAGCCAGGAGGAGAAGGAUGCGUGCAUGCAGGAGACCCCCAAGACCUUUGGCUGGGGCGGCAGGCUGGUGCAGCUCAUCACCGAGGGCCAGCCCAUGGGCCACUGA